AUGCUCUCUUCCGAAGACGACAAGCUCGUCUUUCGUUUUGACGACCAUGUCUUAUGGGUUCAGCCAUGGGGAGAGAAUUCAUUUCGCAUCCGAGCAACCAAGCAGGCAUCAAUGCCCACAGAAGACUGGGCCCUCUCCUCCAAGCCCGCAAGCGGAAACACGAGUAUCGAAAUACCGUUCUCUGACCAAGAUGCAAGUAUCUCAAACGGCAAGAUCAAAGCAACUGUUUCGCGCAGGGGAAAACUCACCAUCUACAACUCGAGUGGUAAAAAGCUCUUGGAGGAGUAUGCCCGACACAGACAAGACCCGAAGGACCCCAAAUGCAGUGCAUUAACAAUCGAGGCUCGCGAGCUGCGUCCAAUCUUAGGCGGAGACUACCACCUCACAAUGCGGUUCGAAUCUCUUGAUCCUAAAGAAAAAAUCUUCGGCAUGGGUCAGUACCAACAGCCCUACUUGAACCUCAAGGGGGCAGACCUUGAGCUAGCUCACCGAAACUCCCAAGCUAGUGUCCCCUUUGCGGUAUCCUCUCUCGGCUACGGGCUUCUGUGGAAUAACCCUGGCAUUGGACGGGCAGUUCUAGGCACGAAUGUCCUGAGCUUUGAAGCAUACUCCACAAAGGCACUGGACUAUUGGGUUGUGGCGGGCGAUACACCAGCCGAGAUUGAAGAGGCAUAUGCCCAAGUCACGGGCUAUGUGCCCAUGAUGCCAGAGUAUGGUCUUGGUUUCUGGCAAUGCAAGCUCCGUUAUUGGAAUCAAGAGCAGCUACUCAAUGUUGCGCGCGAGUACCACCGUCGCAAUGUUCCUCUGGAUCUGAUUGUCGUUGAUUUCUUCCAUUGGAAGCAUCAAGGCGAAUGGAGCUUUGACCCGGAGUUCUGGCCGGAUCCUGAUUCCAUGAUCAAGGAGUUGAAAGAGCUCAAGGUAGAACUGAUGGUCUCCAUCUGGCCGACAGUUGAAAACGCCUCAGAGAACUUCCCGGAGAUGCUCGAACGCGGACUCCUAAUCCGCCACGACCGGGGUAUGCGCGUAGCAAUGCAAUGUGACGGCGACAUAACACACUUCGACGCAACAAACCCAGAAGCACGAAAGUUCAUCUGGAGCAGGGCAAAGAAGAACUACUAUGACAAGGGCAUCAAAGUAUUCUGGCUCGACGAAGCCGAACCCGAAUACUCAAUCUACGACUUCGAUAUCUACCGCUACCACGCCGGCAGCAACCUCCAGAUCGGCAACACCUAUCCCAAAGAAUACGCACGCGGCUUCUAUGAAGGCAUGCAAGCAGAAGGCCAAACGAACAUUGUGAACCUACUACGAUGCGCCUGGGCCGGCAGCCAGAAAUACGGAGCCCUAGUGUGGAGCGGCGACAUCGCAUCCUCAUGGGACUCAUUCCACAAUCAGCUAGCAGCCGGGCUGAACAUGGGACUUGCAGGCAUCCCCUGGUGGACAACCGACAUCGGUGGAUUCCACGGCGGCAACCCAGACGACCCAGAAUUCCGCGAACUGUUCACCAGAUGGUUCCAAUGGGGAGCGUUCUGUCCCGUGAUGAGACUGCAUGGAGACCGGGAACCCAAGCCGGAAGGACAGCCUACUGCCAGUGGAGCGGAUAAUGAGAUCUGGUCGUAUGGAGAGGAGGUGUAUGAGAUCUGUAAGAGAUAUAUUGGGAUUCGGGAGCAUUUGCGGGAUUAUACACGGGGGUUGAUGCGGGAGGCUCAUGAGAAGGGGACGCCUGUUAUGCGGACUUUGUUCUAUGAAUUCCCUGACGAUGAACGUGCCUGGGAGGUUGAGACUCAGUAUAUGUUCGGGUCUAAGUAUCUGGUUGUGCCGGUGUUGAAGCCGGGACAGCGUGUCAUCAAGGUCUAUCUUCCUGAUGGGGCAUCGUGGAAGGUAUGGGGUGGCAAGGACGAUGCCGUAUAUCAGGGCGGUCGAGAUGUUGAUUUCGACUGCCCGAUUGAGAGCAUGCCUGUCUUUUGUCGUCAGUAG